GUAUACACCAACCAUAGCGUUUGCAAAACUUGUACUUCAUAGCGUCACUUAGUUUAAAAGAAAAGGCUACAUCCCUAGUUUAGAAAUCUACUAACUGAUAAAGAUAAAAGAGGCAUUGGUUCCUUUAGACUGAUCUUUAGUAUUUUGUAUCUCAGCAAAUACGGAAGGUAUGGACAAAAAAGGUUUUCCAUGACUUGUUGUGGCUUCAGGAUCGUUAUAUUAAGGAUGUUUCCAGACGAUGAACUGCAGCUCUACGCGAAAGAACUGGCCAACAGGAGCUUAGGAACAGUAGUGUUAGAGUCGCUUGUAUGUGGUUUUCUUAUCUUGGUAGCUUUCUUUGGUAAUAUGAUAGUGUUGUGGAUAAUCUACAGAUAUCGAAAUCUUCGAACAAUCCCCAAUCUUUUCGUUUUUUCAUUGGCGUUGUCUGACGUCAUUAUGUCGGGUUUUUGCGCACCUAUGUGUCUGGCUGCCUUAAUCAAAGGUGAGAAUAUCUUUGGGGAUGUGCUCUGUACAAUACAAGGUUUUCUCAUCUCAAUCCUUGCAAGGGUGUCUCUUCAAACGAUGGCACUCGUAGCUGUCAAUCGGUUUUUCCUUAUCGUGAAGCCAAGUCUCUACCGCAAGAUCUAUAAGCCGUGCUACACUAAAGCCAUGAUAAUGGGUGCAUGGAUUCUUUCAGGGACCGAACCGCUUCCAUACCUGACGAUGGGAAAACAGUACUAUUUCAACCCUGCAAAGGUGUUCUGUUUCCCUGAUACUAGACUCCCAUAUGUGCUUAUAGUAGGAUACAUUUAUGUAGGCCUUCCCAUGCCGGUCCUGGCAUGGUGUUACUUCAAAGUCUUCCAUUCCCUACGCCAACACACAAGACGUUUGCACCAAAGUCAAUCAAGUAGCUUUCAGUCAAACGCUCAGAAAAGGGGGCCUUCAGUUGAGGAGAUCAACGUCACAUGGACCUUAUUUCUUACGGUAUGCGCCUUGAUCUUUUGUUGGAUACCAAUAAGCGUGGUAGACCUUGUGGACUUUGCCCGUGGUACCUUGGCAUCGCUUCCAAGACCGGUCUACAUGAUGUACUUAUUCUUGGGGCAGUUAUCUACUGCGGUGAAUCCUAUGAUCUAUGGUGUCAUGAACAAGUCCUUUCGUGGGGCGUACAGAAAAAUACUUUGCAGAAGAAGUAACGUUAUUGAGGCGGUUAAGGUGACCGGUGCAGGUAGCACCCAAGCUCCAUGUUAAACGAUGGGAAACCAUUGCAAGCAAGGCAGGAAGCAUAUUUUAAAAAUGCAAAGCAUAAAAAUUACCAAUAAAUUGUUAACUUUCAAUUUCAUCAAACCCCGAAACAACUUCUGAGAUGAUCAAAUUAAAAUCAUAGUAAUAACUCAAACCCACUUCACAAGAAACAAACAGAAGAAACAGACUGAAUAAAACUGCU